AUGGCGGGACCGUCGAAUAUCCACCUUGACCCUGCGCUGCAGAAGUACUACGAUACCAAUAAGAACCGCUACAAGUAUUUCAGAUGGACGCCUCGCACCGCCUGGCUCUCGUUAUGCUACAUGGCAGUUGUCCCCGGAAUCAUUGGCUAUAUCGCCUACAAGACAGACGGAAAAUAUGAAUUCAGAGGGAAGAGGAGGGGCGACACGAUCGCGGAGUGGUGA